AUGGUCCAAUACGUCUUUACGCCAUGGCGCGACCGCUACGAACUGUUGCUCGUACGUGAACAGAUGUACACAGGCAUCGUCACCACCAACGCCCAAGAUCUAAAGCGGAAGCUGGGACCUGACGCCAAUCAGUCUAGCGAUGGAGAGAAUCUGCAGAUGCGUCAGGCUAUAGACGAUAAGGAGACUCGGGCACGACAGCACCAAGCCGUUGCGCGUGUAUCAAUGUGGAUGCAGCGAGGAAAUUGUCCUCACAUGGUCGAAUCCACGGCGAUUUUAAUGGCAGCUUUAUUGAGUGAUCGGGAGGCAUCUUCUGGCGGAAAUGCAGCCUCUUCAGCAUACGCUAUCCGAGCAGCGUAUUCAGCUGCAUUUAGUAGAUUUGUCACUGGCCUUGUCGAUGGUCACCAGGAAAAGCAGCGCAAGCAGAGCAUGUACACAAUCGCAAAGAUUAUAGGUUUACCUGCCACAUUUGUUGAGCUACGCCAUCAGUCCACACACGAGCAACUGCCCUCGUUAGCAAAGCUACGCACAGCGGCCAAAAAGGCAUUGUUGUGGAUUUGGGAUUACUAUUGGAAGCAGCUAGAUGAGGACAGCAGCGACCCGUGCCGUAUGGUGGUGAUGCGGUAUCUUCGAGAAGGAGACAACGCAAAAUUAGGAGCUAUAGCUGAUGAGUUCGAACGCUGGCCGAAGGAGCGUGUGCUUAAGACGCUUCAAGAAGUCAAAGGUACCCUGCCGGGAAACCAGGUGUUCCUCAAAUGUGCAGAGUUGACACAGCGGCUACAGAGUGCCCAGGAAGAGAGGAACUUGGCGGAGCCUGAUGUUAUGGACACCAUGAUGAGAGAUCAUAAACUCGAUGCUAGCAGUGAGGAGGACGACUUUGGUUGGACACAGUUUCAAGGCACUUGGAAACCCAAACCAAUUGGAAUGAAAAUUGGAUAUCUAUCAUCUGCUCUCGUUGCAUCUCGCGCCAUGCAUAUCCAGUCGAUUCCUAUGUGGGAGGGAAGCUCCAACAACUAUGCCUACUUGGUAGUUGACGACAAGUCCAAGGACGCCGUCAUUGUUGAUCCUGCAAACCCCCCAGAGGUUGCACCAGUUCUGAAGGAUGCUAUUCAGGCAGGCAAGCUUGCCGAACUCGGUAACCCCAAGCUGGACAUCAUCGGCGGCAAGGACUGCGAAGGUGUGACCAAGACGCCUGGCCACGGCGAGACCUUCAAGUUGGGCGACAUCACUUUCAAGGGUGUGCACACGCCGUGCCAUACCCAGGACAGCAUCUGCUUCUUUGCCCAAGACGGGAACGACAAGGCCGUCUUUACCGGCGACACUUUGUUCAUUGGAGGAUGUGGUCGAUUCUUCGAAGGCAACGCCGAGGAGAUGCACGAGGCCUUGAACAAGCGUCUCGCAGCGUUGCCUGAUGACACUGUUGUCUAUCCUGGACACGAGUACACCAAGGCCAACGUCAAGUUCGCGGCAUCUGUUUCUUCACGCGACGCUGUACAGAACCUUCACUCGUUUGCCGAAAACAACAAGAUUACCACUGGCAAAUUCACAAUUGGAGAUGAGAAGGAACACAACGUGUUUAUGAGAGUUCAGGAUCCCGAGAUCCAGAAGCAGACCGGCGAGUCUGAGCCUGUGGCAGUUAUGGCGAAGUUGCGAGAGAUGAAGAACAACUUCAAAAUUCGUCGUGACAUCAACUACUGCGACCGCGCUGUAACAGCUCUUAAUUCAACCAAAGCGCAAAUGCCUCCAAAGCGCAAAGCACCCGCCGCCAGCGGAAGCGCAGCGCCCAAAACGCGACAGUCCAAACUCGCAAAGGAGCACAACGUCACGCCGCAAGAGGAGGCUGAGAUCCGCGAGGCGUUCAGCCUAUUUGCGGAGCCGAUGGAUGGGGAAAAGCAUGGUGUUUUGCCUAUUGACGAUGUCAAGUCCGCGCUCAUAGCUCUCGGCGUUCCACCCUCAUCGUAUGCAGAGCUUAAAGAAUUCAUCUCUAUUCUUGACCCCGAAAACGACGGAUACGCAACCUUUGAGCCCUUUUUCGCCAUCUGCGCCCUCAAAUUCCACACGAGAGAGCACGACUCUGAUGCUCACCGUGCAGAGGUCGAGGAGGCUUUUCGACUCUUUACGAAUGGACAGGACGGACCGAUUACUUUAGCGCAUUUACGGCGCGUAGCAGCUGUUCUGAAAGAGGAUGUGGAUGAGGAGCUGCUUAAGGAUAUGAUUCUCGAAGCCAACGGCGGCGUGGGUGUCGCUCGAGGCGUGGGCGUUGAAGAGUUCGAUGGAGUCAUGAAGGGUGCUGGUGUGUGGAGGUGA